AUGGUGAGAGUCAGCGUCCUGAAUGACGCUCUUAAGAGCAUGUACAACGCCGAGAAGCGGGGUAAGCGGCAGGUCCUGAUCCGGCCAUCUUCCAAGGUGAUCAUCAAGUUCCUCCUGGUCAUGCAGAAGCAUGGUAUGCCCCACACAUCUCGUCUUCUUUUUUUUUUCUUUUUUUCUUCUCCCUAAUAUUCUAUAUUAUCAUCGUCUUUGAUUUCAUCCUUCUCCUCUGGCGGGUUCCUCAGGAUACAUUGGGGAGUUCGAGUAUGUGGACGAUCACAGGGCUGGUAAAAUCGUGGUGGAGCUGAACGGCCGACUGAACAAGUGUGGUGUCAUCAGCCCUAGAUUUGACGUGGGGGUCAAAGAGAUCGAACCGUGGACUGCAAGGCUGCUUCCCUCGCGGCAGGUCAGCGCUCUUGUCUAGGAUCCAAUUGAUUUUAUAAUCGAUUUUUUUUUUUUCUGAUCUUGCUUCUUUAGUCAGCUAAUGAACAGCAGAGUUAUGAUUUAUUUAUUUUCUUUUUCUUUCUUCAAAAUGGGCAGUUUGGGUAUAUUGUGCUGACGACGUCUGCGGGCAUCAUGGACCAUGAGGAUGCCAGGAGGAAGAAUGUCGGUGGCAAGGUCCUCGGGUUCUUCUAUUAG